CUUCAGUUACAUCCAUAGGUUUACUUAAGAUCGGUUCGGUUCCUGAAACCCUCUUCCUCUAGAUAUAGAAACGAAGACGGACGGACGGGUUCUAGUAGUGUUACUAGUUGGCAUGUUUUUUAGUCCUUGUCUGCUAAGGAAAGGAUAUCGAAAUCGCGUUUACUCAGCGUGAACAGUGUUUUGUGAGAAAGUAAAGAAAACUAAAAAGGACUUUGCUAGUGAAAGCGGAAGUUUGUUCAAUCAGCCCCGUGUCCAGUAGCGGACAGAACAUUAUCUGGCAGCUUACUGUCACUGGAAGUGGACUAUUAAGUGCUUGUGUGUGUGAACGCGCCUUUCUUUGGGAUUUAUUCAGAGCAAGGCUGAGCAGCAUAUUUGUUGAUGGUGUGAUCUUUUACCCUUUUUCGGUCGUUCCCCCCUCCAGCCAUUCUACGGCUGCACAGAAAAAGGAAGUUUUUAGCCGAAGAAUCAACAAUUUUGCUCACGCUAUCAACGGUGUCGGUACGAAAUUCGCAGUGAAUUCUUUGAAACACAAAAGAAGUCCACUUGGAAUCGAAUUUCCUCUCGAAAAAGUUUCAAUUCCGAUUACGGAAGUGGAAGGUACAAAGUGAGUACAGCCAAAUCAGGGUGUGCUCUUCGAGUAGCGAGCACGCGUGUGUAUGUGCGUAUGUGUGUUUGUGACUUCGAAGGAUAACAAUUACAUAACAUUCCUGGAGGAACAGCCCCAGCAUCCACUGUCAGAAUCGGAAUACAAAACCGGACCGGAGACACUCUAACAGGAGUACCAACCGCACCGUAGCAGCCAGUAGCUGUAGUGAUACCGGAAGAUAUUCAUUUAGAAUAGCUCUAUUUUAAGUUUAGUAUAGAAAACAAAAACACACAAUGGCCUUAAUCAUGAAAUACAUUGACAGUAUGCACCAUUACAUGGAUAAGUUUGGAGACCCUCGGACAAAGGACUGGCCCCUAAUGUCGUCUCCCUUCCCCACACUAGCGCUAUGUUUAGGAUACGUUUACUUAGUCAAAGUCCUAGGCCCAAGGCUCAUGGAAAACCGCAAACCAUUCCAGCUCAGACACACCCUCAUAGCAUACAACUUCAUACAAGUCGUGUUCAGUGCCUGGUUGUUUUACGAGAUUGGUGUUUCGGGUUGGCUAACGGGACAUUAUAACUUCCGAUGUCAGCCGGUCGACUAUAGUAACCACCCUAAAACGUUAAGGAUGGUGCACGCCUGCUGGUGGUACUAUUUUUCGAAGUUCACCGAGUUCUUCGAUACGUUCUUCUUUGUGAUGCGCAAAAAAACUAGUCAAGUGUCAACGCUGCACGUGAUCCACCACGGAUGCAUGCCCAUGUCCGUGUGGUUCGGCGUUAAAUUCACUCCGGGUGGCCACAGCACUUUCUUCGGACUGCUCAACACCUUCGUACAUAUCGUUAUGUACACGUACUACCUGUUCUCUGCCCUAGGACCCCACUUCCAGAAGUACCUCUGGUGGAAGAAGUAUCUAACUAGCCUGCAAAUGGUCCAAUUCGUUGCGAUUAUGGUGCACGCCUUCCAGCUGCUUUUCAUCGACUGCAACUACCCGAGAGCCUUCGUUUGGUGGAUCGGAAUGCACGCCGUCAUGUUCUUCUUCCUGUUCAACGAGUUCUACCAGAGCACGUACAAAGCGAACAAGGAGCGAAGAGAGCGUGCGGCCGCAGCAGCCACAGCUGCUAAAGCACUGAAGGACAAGGAGGCAGCAGCCCUGCUGGCGAACGGCAACGGUGCUGCCAAUGGAAGUCUCUCGUCGAACGGCAGUGCCGUACCGAUGGCCAACGGGCAUCACCACGGGAAGAAUGGCACCGUUGUUCAUCAUCACAGCAACGGCACCACCAACGGAUCGUUGCUAUCGAACGGUGCCCAAACCAAACCCGCUACCGAUUACUACAUGCGGGGCGAUCUACCGGCAGAAAUUGAAAUCACGCAGCGACAACCCAGCAGCCGCAAUCCGGCCCAAUAAUAGCGAAUAUAACUUCCAACCAACACACACAAACACAAACACAUCUACAUUCUUCCACAGUGAAAAAAAAUCUGUUUAUUUUUCGACUUCCCCCUCCCCAGCCACCAACACACGCCGCUACUACCCUUCCACGCACCUGUUUAGCAGUUGCUAUUGUUAUUAUUAUUUAAUUUAUUAUACAACUUCUAUAAUAUCACCCAGGAGCAUUAUUCUGUUUUGUGUUCUCGACGCUUUUCCACAUUCUACUCAUCGAUGCUUUUUUCUCGAAAGUUCACUCGAAAUCAACAACAACAACUACUAAUGACCAAUCAAAACAAAGUUUUCUCCCUCCGAUCAACGAACAAACCGUUUUACACAAUCAUCAAUCAAGCACACAUACACACACACACAUUAACACAACGAUUGGUGGCACUGAGGCAAAAACUGUUCUCCUUUUUCCAUAGAAAUAUAUUUAAUAGGAGAAAGAUGAGAAAUUAUUCUUCUUAGGCGCUAGAGCUAAGGGUGAAUGUGAAUUAGUGAGUGAUUUUGAGAGAGAGUAAAAGGCAAGUAAGAAUCAUCAAGAACACAAAAUUCGGCAAUAAUCAUACCAACAAAAAGUAUGUUACACGUUGUUAAACUUGUACUGUUUUGGACGUUAAAACAAAAGAGAAUAUAAGCUUAAAACAAUCAAAGAAAAAUCACACAAUCGUGUAGCGGCAAUGGAAAACCAAAUCGAGCGCAAGCCUAAACAAAAACAUUGAUUUUUCUAGCAGUGGAAGGAAAAUGUUACCUUUAUUUAUAUUUUAAAUAAAGUUAGUAACGUGUGUGGAAUCUAGAUAAACAGACAGACAGCAGCAGCAGCUUAAAUAGUGUUUUUUUAUGUUCAUUGAGUGUAGUAUGAGUGAGAAAUAUGGCUGAGAGUGAGCGAUUGGUAGAUAUUCUUGUACAUAGUUUAGCUAACCUAAAGAUCCUAGACCGUAAGAUUCAAGAUUCAAAGUAAACACUGAGGAUAAUGGGGAAGACUCUACUAAGGAAAAGAAAGAAGAAAAAAAUACAAAGAUAGAAACGAAAA